AUAAAAAAUAAAAACAACAACCACAACUCAGAAAUUGGCACUUGGAGAGUAAAAUGCACUUCCCCAGCAUCAAAGGCCAACUCCAACUCAGAACUACGAGUGUACCAUAACCCCCCUCUCACUUCCUUCUUCUUUUUCAUUUAAAAACAUCCCCUUCACGCCGUGAAAUCCACGCGCCACCGUUCUCCGAACUCACGGCUUCGAUAAACUGCGGUGCAUUAUUAUUAUAUAUCUCAAAUGGGUUGCACGGCUUCGAAGCUCGAAAACGAGGACACGGUGCGGCGGUGCAAGGACCGUCGCCGCCUCAUGAAGGAGGCCGUCUACGCGCGCCACCACCUCGCCGCUGCACACUCCGACUACUGCCGCUCCCUCCGCCUCACCGGCUCCGCCCUCUCAACUUUCGCCUCCGGAGAACCCCUCUCCGUGUCCGACAACACCCCCGCAGUAUUCCUCAACCCAAAACCCACCACCGCCACACCCACCGCCUCCGCCGCCACAAUCCAUCACCGACAACCAUCUCCCUCACCUUCCAUCCACCGUCCUCCGCCGCCACGAUUCAACCCUUCACCUUCCCCCACCAUAGCGAGCUCCAAGCUUCCCCACAUUCUCUCCUCGUCGAGCAUCGCCUCCGCCAACAACCACCACCACCAGCGGCGGCGAAAACCACCGCAGCCAAAGCUCCCCCACAUCCUCUCAGAGUCGAGCCCUUCAUCAACGCCUCGAAGCCAAUCGUUCCCUUCGAACUUCUUCCCCACAGCACACUCUACCUACUCAUCAACCCCUUCUCAAACCUCUUCUGUUUGGAAUUGGGAAAACUUCUACCCUCCACCCCCACCUCCCGCUUCCGAUUACUUCCGCCACCGUUCCGAAACCGACAGAGAAGAAGAAGAAGCAGAAGCUGAAGAAGAAGAAGAAUCAGCUUCUGAAUUCUCUUAUAAAACCCAAAAAAAAGAAAAUGCCUACCAAGGUUUGGAGUCAGAGCGAUCCGAAUAUGAUUAUUUCAACGAAAAACUCGUUAGUGAAAAACAUCAGCAUCAGCGUCAGCAUCAACAUCAACAUAACCAUCAUAGUCAUCAUCUUCCAGGGGAGUACACUGAGACUGAGAGAGAGGAAGUUCAGUGUAGUGAGUGGGGAGAUCACUACAGCACAACAAGCUCUUCCGAUGAUGGGGUUGAAGGUGAUGUUGAUUCCAGGUCCGAGAUUGGGACCCGCUCCAAUUUCGGGUCGUCGGUUCGGGCUGAGUCUUUGGCCGGAGAUCCGGUUUCGGCGCCGAAGAAGGCUUAUGUUGCCGCGACGGCUUCGUCGACGGGGACGGGGGAGAUGAUGGAGAUGAAGAUGGUGGUGAGGCACAAGGAUUUGAAGGAGAUUAUUGAAGCUAUUAAAGAGAAUUUUGAGAAUGCUGCCAUGGCUGGAGAUGAGGUUUCGGAGAUGCUUGAGAUCGGUAGGGCUCAGAUUGAUCGGAGUUUCAGGCAAUUGAGGAAAACUGUGUAUCACUCAAGUAGCAUAUUGAGCAACCUGAGCUCCAGUUGGACCUCAAAACCGCCAUUGGCGGUUAAGUACCGGAUCGACGCCGGUUCGCUGGCAGAACCGGACGGUACGAAGAGUCUUUGCUCCACUUUGGAUCGGCUUUUGGCUUGGGAGAAGAAGCUCUAUGAGGAAGUUAAGGCUAGAGAAGGGGUGAAGAUUGAACAUGAAAAGAAAUUGGCAGCUCUGCAGAGUCAGGAAUACAAAGGAGAGGAUGAAGCAAAGAUAUUCAAAACCAAGGCUUCCAUAAAUAGGCUGCAUUCACUAAUAAUUGUCACAUCUCAGGCUGUGUCUACCACCUCAACUGCCAUUAUAGGCCUUAGGGACUCCGAUCUUGUUCCUCAGCUUGUUGAGCUCUGUCACGGAAUUAUGUACAUGUGGAGAUCAAUGCACCAGUACCAUGAAGUUCAAAGCAACAUUGUGCAGCAAGUCCGUGGCCUCGUGAACAGAUCAUCAAGAGGUUUCUCAACUUCCGAACUGCACAGGCAGGCAACUCGGGAUCUCGAAUCGGCUUUGUCAGUUUGGCAUUCCAGUUUUUGUCGCCUUAUAAAAUUUCAGCGCGACUUUAUCCUGUCCUUACAUGGCUGGUUUAAGCUCAGCCUCAUUCCAGUCAAUAAUGAUAACAUCAACAACAACAACAGCAGGGAACAAUCUGAUGUGUAUCUGUUUUUUGAUGAAUGGAAGCUGGCACUUGACCGUGUCCCAGACACAGUGGCAUCUGAAGCCAUCAAGAGCUUUAUCAAUGUUGUCCAUGUGAUAUCUACCAAGCAAGUUGAAGAGCUCAAGAUCAAAAAAAGAACCGAGACUGCUUCCAAGGAACUUGAGAAAAAGGCUUCAUCUCUUAGAACUAUAGAAAGGAAGUUUUACCACUCAUAUUCUAUGGUAGGCAUUGGCCUUCCAGACUCUGCACCUGAUAAUGGACAAGGCUUGGAUGCACGUGACCCACUUGCUGAGAAAAAAUUGGAACUUGCAACCUGCCAAAGGCGCGUUGAAGAUGAAAUGCUGAAGCAUUCAAAAUCUGUUGAGGUUACAAGAGCUAUGACACUCAACCAUUUACAGACAGGUUUGCCUGGAGUGUUUCAGGCACUGACCAGUUUUUCUUCCUUGUUCACUGAGGCUCUUGGUUCAGUAUGUAACCGUUCAUAUGCCAUCAACUAGGUAAAUUAUUUGUUCUGCUUGGGAUCUAAGUUCUUCAUAAGGGCAGGGAUUUUUUUUGGCCGCAAACUCUUAUUGCUCUUGCCAUUUUUAGUUAUAUUUUGAAAUGUAAAUAUGAAGAAUUUUGUGGUUCCACCUAUUUUGAUGGGAAUGUGAAUGUUCUUAUUGUACAGAGAAUUUUCUUUGUUUAUUGUAUCAGAGGAUUGCAAUUUUUAAUAUAUCAAUAAAUU